GGUGGUGGCCGAGCUUUCUGCACCCCGGAGUUCGACGUGGAUUCCAAGCUGGGCUUCGCACCCUGGCCCCUCUGCCGCCGCUGAUGCGGGCAUCCGUGUAGCGUCCACCUGGGAGUCCGUGGGGAGCCCGCGCUACUGCAGGAGAACGUCUGUUUGUAUCCCCACCCCAUUUGUGUUCCUGGGAGCCUGCUGAUGCAGUAAACUGGAAGAAGCUGUUGCCAGAUAACCUGUAAUGGGCAAGGAGCCACAGAGAAGAAAACAUUUCUUUUAAUUUUUAAACUUGGUUUGAAAGACCAGCAUGUUUUGGAAGUUUGAUCUUCACUCAUCAUCUCACAUAGACACACUUCUAGAGAGAGAAGAUGUAACGCUGAAGGAGUUAAUGGAUGAGGAAGAUGUUUUACAGGAAUGUAAAGCUCAGAACCGCAAACUUAUAGAGUUUCUGUUAAAAGCAGAAUGUCUUGAAGAUUUAGUCUCAUUCAUUAUAGAAGAACCACCUCAAGACAUGGAUGAGAAGAUCCGAUACAAGUAUCCAAAUAUCUCCUGUGAGUUGCUCACCUCCGAUGUCUCCCAGAUGAAUGACAGGUUGGGGGAAGACGAAGCCUUGCUAAUGAAAUUAUACAGCUUCCUCCUAAACGAUUCCCCCCUGAACCCCCUGCUUGCCAGUUUCUUCAGCAAGGUGCUAAGUAUUCUUAUCAGCAGAAAACCAGAGCAGAUUGUGGAUUUCCUGAAGAAGCAGCGUGACUUCGUAGACCUCGUCAUAAAGCACAUAGGAACCUCGGCCAUCAUGGACUUGCUGCUCAGGCUCCUGACGUGCAUCGAGCCGCCCCAGCCCAGGCAAGACGUGCUGAAUUGGUUAAAUGAGGAGAAAAUCAUCCAGAGGCUUGUGGAGAUAGUUCAUCCAUCACAAGAAGAAGAUCGGCACUCAAAUGCCUCGCAGUCACUUUGUGAAAUUGUGCGCCUGAGCAGAGACCAGAUGUUACAAAUUCAGAACAGUACGGAGCCAGACCCCCUGCUUGCCACUCUAGAAAAGCAAGAAAUUAUAGAGCAGCUGCUAUCAAAUAUCUUCCAUAAGGAAAGAAAUGAGUCGGCCAUAGUCAGUGCCAUCCAGAUACUGCUGACAUUGCUCGAGACACGGCGGCCCACAUUUGAAGGCCACAUAGAGAGCUGCCCGCCGGGCCUGAGUCACCCGGCUUGCUCAGUGAACAGGAGCGUGCUGGAAGCCAUCCGGGGAAGACUUGGCUCUUUCCACGAGCUCCUCCUCGAGCCUCCCAAGAAAAGCGUGAUGAAGACUACAUGGGGUGUGCUGGACCCUCCCGUGGGAAACACCCGCUUGAACGUGAUCAGGUUGAUAUCCAGCCUCCUUCAGACGAACACGAGCAGCAUCAAUGGGGACCUCGUGGAGCUCAACAGUAUCGGGGUCAUACUGGACAUGUUCUUCAAGUACACAUGGAAUAACUUUUUACACACGCAAGUGGAGAUUUGUGUCGCACUGAUUCUGGCUAGUCCUUUUGAAAGCACAGAGAACGGCGCCAUUACUGACCAGGAGUCCGCUGGGGACAGCUUGCUGCUGAGACACCUUUUUCAAAAAUGCCAGUUAAUUGAACGAAUACUUGAAGCCUGGGAGAUGAAUGAAAAGAAACAGGCCGAGGGGGGGCGACGGCACGGCUACAUGGGACACCUGACGCGGAUCGCCAAUUGCAUCGUGCACAGCGCCGACAAGGGCCCCAGCAGCGCGCUGGUGCAGCAGCUCAUCCGAGAGCUUCCCGACGAGGUCAGGGAGCGGUGGGAGACGUUCUGCACCAGCUCCUUGGGAGAGACCAACAAGAGGAACACGGUGGAUCUAGUUACAACCUGCCAUAUUCAUUCAUCCAGUGAUGAUGAAAUUGACUUUAAAGACACGGGGUUCUCACAGGAUUCUUCUUUGCAGCAAGCCUUUUCUGAUUAUCAGAUGCAACAAAUGACGUCCAAUUUUAUUGACCAGUUUGGCUUCAACGAUGAGAAGUUUGCAGAUCAAGAUGACAUUGGCAAUGUUUCUUUUGAUCGGGUAGCUGACAUCAACUUUACCCUCAACACGAAUGAUAGUGGAAAUAUCGCCUUGUUUGAGGCAUGCUGUAAGGAACGGAUACAGCAGUUUGAUGAUGGCGGCUCUGACGAGGAAGACAUUUGGGAGGAGAAGCACAUCGCCUUCACACCCGAGUCGCAGAGACGAUCCAGCUCGGGGAGCACGGACAGUGAGGAAAGUACAGACUCGGAAGAAGAAGACGGAGCCAAACAGGACUUAUUUGAGUCCAGCAGCGCCAAUGCGGAGGACAAGAUGGAGGUCGACUUGAGUGAGCCACCCAGCUGGUCGGCCAACUUUGAUGUUCCCAUGGAGACGACCCACGGUGCCCCCUUGGACUCUGUGGGGUCGGACGUCUGGAGCACGGAGGAAGCGAUGCCCACUAAGGAGACGGGCUGGGCUUCCUUCUCCGAGUUCCCGUCCUCCCUGAGCACGAAAGACGCUUUGAGAAGUAACUCCCCGGUGGAAAUGGAAACCAGCACUGAGCCCGCGGGCCCCCUGGCGCCCAGCGUCCCCGCCCUCGCUGUGCAGCCGGAAGCCCCAGGCAGCGUGGCCAUGGAAGCCAGCUCAGACGGAGAGGAGGAUGCGGAGAGUGCAGACAAGGUAACUGAGACAGUGAUGAAUGGCGGCAUGAAGGAGACGCUCAGCCUCACUGUAGAUGCCAAGACAGAAACCGCGGUCUUCAAAAGAGUGUUGAAAUCCUAUCGUGAGGAAGGAAAACUGUCUACCUCUCAAGAUGCUGCUUGUAAAGAUGUGGAGGAGAGCCCCGAGACGGCGGAGGCAAAGCCCGCGGCCCCCCGGCCCCCCAGCAGUAGUCCAGAGCAGAGGACUGACCAGCCCAGCCUGCCGGGCGACACGGCGGUCAACGGCCCCGUAUGAUGAGCGACGCGCUGCUGACCGAGGACUGCAGACGCCGCCACGGGGGCUCUGGGGCUCCCUGCCGCCACACCGCCACCGCUGCACCCACUCUGCAGGGGAUCAGGACCAGCAACCUUCAUCUUCUAGAUCCUAAGACGUUGUACAGAGAGAUUCAGAGUGUAAAAAUAUUGCACAUUGACAAAUACCAAGAAUUUUUGCGUAUGUUUAUAUUGUAUUGUUCUAAAUAAUGGGCGGCCUGUGAAAUAAGACCUUGCCGCCCGCGCAAUGAUGAAUAGUGGUAAUACUAUAGUUCAAAUGGCUGUAAGAAUAGUUUUAUAAAAGUGAUACACAGAUCUAUUGUAUUUGAGACAUAACUAUUUGACGAUUAUUAGUGUGACCAAAGUAUUAGGCAGUUUUCCUACAUUUUCCACCUUGUACAAAAUUCGGAAUUCAUUUUUCCUCCAGGCUGGCAAGGAGUUGAGGGGCUGGGUGCCCUCAGUGCUGUUUGCUGCUCUGGCUGACAGACGUGAUUUUGAAUCGGAAGUAUUCGGUGUUCUUUUUAUAACCCGUUUUUGAUUGGUACCUGUUUUCUGUAUUGUUUAAAACGGAUCAAAAACGUAAGUCUAUUGGUAGAGAUUAAGUAUUUAUUGCUACAACUUAGCUGAUAAAUUGAUGUUAUUGUAAAGCCAUAUGUUCUGUUAAAAGUCUCGUUUGCUUGACAUGAUUCUUCUGCAGGUGAAACACUAGGGUAUUGGAGUGUACAUGGCUUGUGGUUUGGGUUUUUUUGUUUGUUUUUCGUUUUCGUUUUCGUUUUGUUUUGGUGGCUCAUCUGCCUUUUUAACCCAUUCACCAAAAUGUCCCUGACAACAAGCAUCACCAAUGAACAUUUCAGAGCAGUCGCGUGUCUCACACACCGGCGGGCCAGCUGGCACGGCUCAGGCUGCCAGCCGGCGGGGCUGCUCGGUCCCGGCGGGCCCCGCGCAGCCGCCCCGAGUGCGUGAGGGCGCCCUCAGAUCUCAGCCAGUGUGUUUUUUUAGGACUGGUUUGUGUAUAUAUAUAGUGAUUAUGGAUACUAAUUCAAUGUAAUUUAUAAUUUUCUAUGUCACAGCCUUCUCAAACAGCUGAAGCAAUAUAUUGUAUAUUGCCAUAUCGUCUGGUGAAAGGGUUAAAUUACUUCACCUCUUGCACUUUUAGAUGCAAAUCAGUUUUUCAUUUCUGUAAUAGAAAGCUAUUCACGUAUUUUUACAUCAUUUGUUUUUCCUGACCAGUAUUUAAAACCAAAAGGAUAUUCUGAAAAAAUGGCCAACGAAUUUUUUAGAAACCGCAUCCCAAGCAGCGUGCCUAAACAUACAUUGCACACGGAAAUAAAAAUCAGACGUCUGGCGCCUUC